CAUCUUCGCGAUCUACUAAAGCUACGUCAACAACUAUGGCGCGCGAGGGGCGGCGGGCGGAGCCGGCGGGAGAAGGCUGGGCCUUGUACGUCACGCCCCGAGCCCCCCUUCGCGAGGGAAGGCACCGGCUCGCCCCUCAAAAUGGCAGCGGCAGUGACGCGCCUGCGUACGGAACUUCUCCGUCGCGCCAGGGCCGGCGGGAAGUGAGGUUCUCAGAGGAACCGCCAGAAGUAUACGGCGACUUCGAGCCCCGGGUGGCCAAAGAAAGGUCCCCGGUGGGAAAGCGAAACCCACCAGAAGAGUUCCGGCCGGAUUCUGCGAAAGAGGAAGUGAGAGAAAGCGCCUACUACCUUCGCUCUCGGCAGCGGAGGCAGCCGCGACUCCAGGAAGCCGAGGAGAUGAAGACGCGAAGGGCUACCCGCCUUCUGCAGCAGCAUUCACCACAGCCUCCUCUACCGCCGUCUCCGGUUACGGCCAGGAGAGGCUUACGGGACUCGCAGUCCUCUGAAGAGGACGAAACAUCUUACCAAACUGUUACAAGCCAGACAGUCUCAAAGAAAACUGUCAGGAGAACCCAAGAGGCUCCAGCAGUGGCAAGUGAAGAUCCUGUGAUUAGCCUAUGUAGACCCCCUCUAAGAAGCCCAAGAUCUGAUUCAACUUACAAAACCAAUGGAAAUACUAAAAUGAGUGAAGUAGAAGCGGCCAGUGUCUUACAGAAGGUCAAUUUUUCCGAAGAAGAAGGAGAAACCGAAGAUGAUGAUCAAGACAGCUCUUACAGUGACAUCACUGCUGUUAAGGUCAAAUCUGGGGAUUCUGUUGAAUCUAGAGAUCUAACCACCAGAUCAACAUCUGGUCAACAUCCAGAAUCAAUUUGGAGAUUAUCACAAAAUCAAGACUUCACAGCUCAAGAAAAGCAAACUUCAGUGCUGAGCUCAGGAUAUCAAAAAAAUCCUCAGGAGUGUAUUGAACAAAAUGUAAGAAUGAGGACUAAGAUGCAAACAUCUUCACCAGGCAAGAGUUCAGUAUAUGGCCGUUUCCCAGAUGAUGACAGCAUUCAGAAAUCAGAGCUUGGAAAUCAGUCUCCAUCAAAUUCUAGCCAACAAGUGGCUGAACAACCCCAAAACGAAUCUUUUGUCAAGAGGAAAUGGGGGUGGUGGCUGCUUUUUAUGAUAGCUCCGCUCGCCUGUGGGAUACUUUGGUUCCUUCAUACUCCUGAGGUAGAAACUGCUGCUGUUCAAGAGUUCCAAAACCAGAUGCAACAACUUAUGACUAAGUACCAAGGUCAAGAUGAGAAACUGUGGAAAAGGAGCCAAACGUUCCUGGAAAAGCAUCUUAACAGCUCCCAUCCUCGGAAUCAGCCAGCUAUCUUGCUGCUCACUGCUGCCCGGGACGCUGAAGAAGCACUGAAGUGUCUGAGUGAACAAAUUGCCGAUGCCUAUUCUUCCUUCCGCAGUGUCCGUGCCAUCCGGAUUGAUGGGACAGGCAAAGCUGCUGAAGACAGUGAUAUUGUCAAACUGGAGGUAGAUCAGCAGCUGAGCAACGGAUUCAAAAAUGGCCAGAAUGCCGCAGUGGUGCACCGCUUCGAGUCGCUACCUGCAGGCUCUACCUUGAUCUUCUAUAAAUAUUGUGACCAUGAAAAUGCAGCCUUCAAAGAUGUAGCUUUAGUUCUGACUGUCUUGUUGGAAGAGGAGACACUUGGAACCAGUCUUGGCCUAAAGGAAAUUGAAGAAAAAGUGAGGGAUUUCCUCAAAGUCAAGUUCACCAACUCAAACACACCCAGCUCCUACAAUCACAUGGACCCAGACAAACUGAAUGGGCUCUGGAGCCGAAUUUCCCACUUAGUUCUGCCUGUGCAACCAGAAAAUGCCCUGAAAAGGGGCAUCUGCUUAUAAGGGGUGAAAGAAGAGAAAAUCAUGUUUCAAGUUCUGAGAAUUUUUCAGACUUUGUAUCCAGAGUCAAAAUUCAGAGUACUUUUUGAAAGAACUGGUUUCUUUUUAAAGGAAGUUCAUGGAACAUCUAAAUCAUAUAUUCAACCUAAUUAUCUGUGACUUGAGAGAAUCAUUUCUCUGUUUCUGUUGAGAGCUAUGUUAAGAUAUUUAGGAGAGUAAAUUAUAUGCAGUCCCGUAGAGGAUCUGUGUUGGUUCUGGACUGAGUCUUUAUUGCUGCGGUGUGACAGUGAGAGGAGUUAGGCUCCUUUCCUAGGAACGGUUCCUGCUUUUUAACUUAGAUUUCUCAGUUUGUUAUUAGUAAGGCAGCUCUCUGAUUGUAACCAUGGACUUUCCCAUUAUGUUUCCUUUUAUACCAUAGAGGUGUGAGUUCUCAGCUUCUGCUUGUUAGGAACAAAAGUAAUGAGCGGUCAUCUGAGUAUUUAGAAUUUUUUCCUUUGUUCUUGAAGGCUGGGGAUGAGGGAAGGGAAGAGAGGAAUCGUGGAAUGGAGAAUGCUGUAGAAGAGAAAAAGUCUCCAAGAUGAAAUGUUCAUGAAGUCACUGAGCUAUAUGUUAGUCAGAUAUCUGAACUGUGACCUCAGCAAAAUCUAUUGAGAUGUGUUUUGUUUCUUUCUCCAUGCUUCCUUCCUUCCUUCCAAGAAAUUCUUGGUUCUCCCAAGGAUUUUUAAAGCCUACAUAUCACAAGGUUUAAUACAUUUGCUCCUUUGGCUCUUAAGGGCAUGAAAAUUCAGAGCAGUAUAUUUUGGACAUAACCAGAAGUUUGGGGUUUUUUGAAAUAAGCAAUACGGUUUCAGAAAUUGGCACACAGUUUGUUAACCAGCCAUCCUGGACUAUUGAAGAAGGAUUUAAUUUUCUGCUUGCCCAUUUGUUGCAGUCCUUUAGUGACACUGCAUCACAAAUCUGAAGAUUUAUUAUGCACAUGAUAAAUUUUAUUGAGUGCCUCAAGCCAAAAAGAUAGUAAACUUUACCACAUGAGAAGAAUGUUAGAUGUACUUCUGUAGUAUUUUAAUUAUAACUUUGCAUUUAAAUUGAGCUUUCUCACCUGUCAACUGCUUUGAUUUUCAUAAAAUCUUAUAAUUCUGGACUCACCUUUUUUUUAAUUGGCCACAGGGCUUUAAAUGAAAAGACUGUUUUUAGAGUAUUCAAAGCAGUCAUUGACUUCAUCAUUUACCCUUUGAGGGUCUCACAACUGGUAGCUGAGAGUCUAGUUUCUUUCUAUUAGGACUAUCAGUACUCAUAAAUUUAUACUCUUUAUUGUAAUUUGUUCCUAACUAUCCAAAGUUAGAUCAUCUGAUUUAUUUUAUAGAGGAUUAGAAAACAGGAGUUUUUGAAAAGACUUAUUUUAUACAUACAUAUUAUAUGGAGAAAUGUUUUUAUUAAAUGUUUCACUGACCCCAGUGAAACAUUUUUUAAAAGUAAUAUGUUACUUAUAUCUUUCAGGAAAAAUAUUUGAAGCAGCUGAUGUAUAAAUGACUUUAAAAGCUAUUUUAGUAAUUUAAAUAAACUUACUUUCUUGGUUUGUA